CACACACACACACCGAAGCCCAAAACACACGCCGCCUCUGUCGCCGCAAAAAACCAAAUCCCCCUUCUCCGAUGUCCGAUCUCGCUUCCAUUUCUCUCCCCGUCGACAAGAAAAUCAGAAUCCCAUUAACCCCAUCCGGAAAAGCGAAGAACAGCUAUUAAGCCAGGGACGAAUUAUCUCCCCCUACGCGGCUACGCGUCUUCCAUCGCAUCCCCCGUCCUUUUCUUGUUUCUCCCCCCAUCUUCUUCCACCUGAAGCUUUUACUCCUCGUUCUUAUCUUCUUCUUUCUCCCUUUGGGAGUUGGGGGGCGAAAGGUGUCGCGUUCGAUCUUGCUGUGUACAGGCCAGGAGGAGGAGGGAGGCCAUGGCAUUGCCUGCCGGCCUCGUCCGCAUCUCGCCGCUGCUGUUGCUGCUCGUCGUCCUGCCAUUCUGCGCCGGGAAACAUCACGCUCCUCGCGAGUUCCGCACGGCGCUCCACUCGGGUUCAGCAACUGAGCAUGGCUUCGUGGUGAGAAGAUCAAUUGCUGAAGCUCCUGCCGAUAUAAAUGUCACCACCAAUAGCUCGUUCAUCUUGGCGGCAGAUCGGACACAUCGAAAGGACCCCCUGAAUGGUUUUAAUAAAUAUCAAGGCGGUUGGAAUAUCAGUGAAGUGCACUAUUGGGCUUCUGUUGGAUACACAGCCUAUCCAUUGUUCCUUGUUGCCCUGCUAUGGUUUGUGCUAUUCUUUCUCCUGAUGCUUGGAAUUUGCUGCCAUCAUUGCUGUUGUCCACAUCACAGUUACAACUACUCUCGAUUAGCAUAUGCCCUAUCGCUGAUAUUCCUAAUACUAUUCACUUGUGCUGCAAUUGCUGGAAGCAUUGUGUUGUAUGAUGGCCAGGGAAAAUUCCAUUCUAGCACAACGACCACCUUGGAUUUUAUUGUCGACCAGGCAGAUUUCACUGUUGACAACCUUAGGAACCUUUCAGAUAGUCUAUCUGCUGCAAAAAAGGUCGACAUAGGACAGUUCUUACUGCCUGCAGAUGUGAUGAAUCAGAUCAAUGAAAUUCAAGGAAAGUUGAACUCAUCAGCUAAUGAUCUUGCUACUAGAACAUCUGAUAAUUCUGCGAAGAUCCAAAAAUUGCUGAAUCGUGUGCGGUUAGCUUUGAUUAUCAUUGCGGCAGUAAUGCUUCUUCUGGCAUUUGUUGGCUUCUUUUUAUCCAUAUUUGGGCUGGAAUUCCUUGUGAAUAUUUUGGUUGUUGUUGGAUGGAUACUAGUCACUGGGACGUUUAUCCUGUGCGGUGUUUUCCUUCUUCUGCAUAACGUCGUUGGUGACACUUGCGUUUCAAUGGACCAGUGGGUUGCUCAUCCAACAGAACACACUGCUCUGGAUGACAUUAUCCCCUGUGUCGAACCUGCUACAGCGAACGAGUCCCUGACAAGGAGCAGGCAAGUCACGUCCCAGCUAGUGAAUCUGGUCAACCAGGUGAUCACCAACGUGUCAAACCAAAACUUCCCUCCGGCAGCGGCGCCUUUCUACUACAACCAGUCAGGGCCACUGAUGCCUACACUCUGCAACCCAUUCACGCCUGAUCUGAACAACCGGACCUGCACCCGUGGAGAGGUUUCCUUGGACAAUGCAACCCAGGUUUGGAGGAGCUUUGAGUGCCAAACUACCACUGUCUCAGGAGCUGAGAUUUGCACCACGGUGGGCCGGCUCACUCCAAGGAUCUACAGGCAGAUGGCGGCGGGUGUGAACGUAAGCCUGGGGCUGUACCAGUACGGCCCUUUCCUGGUCCAGCUGGAGGACUGCACCUUCGUGCGCGACACGUUCACAAACAUCAGCCAGAACUACUGCCCAGGGCUGGAGCGGUACAGCAAGUGGGUGUACAUCGGGCUGGUGCUGGUGUCGACGGCGGUGAUGCUGUCACUGAUAUUCUGGGUGAUCUAUGCUCGGGAGCGGCGCCACAGGGUGUACAACAAGCAGCACCAGGGCGUCGCCGGCCAGAACUACCCUAGGGGGGACGACAAGCCGGUUCCGAUGGGUGCCUGAUCCGGUCGUGGUUCACCCCUCUUCUCGCCGUGACCUGUCCAUGGCACCUUGUAGAGAGCUGCAGAUCGAUGUGCGUUGACUUGAUUGUUUUGCCUGUCUGUUGAUUUAUUUAUUUUCCUGACACCUGUGGCGUGUGCUUGAGUGGUGUUUGCAUAUACGGUUGUGACCCAUGUUUAGCGUUAGCUCCAGCAGUAUUCUUGUUUGUGUCUGCUGGUGGAACUAGGCAUUGCCGUUUUUGCUUGUGGAAUGUGGAUGUACAGUUAUGACGUAGAAGGAUUUGCGAGCGUUGGUUGUUUAAA